AUGCUAAGUGCAAGGGUAGAGGUAGGGGUAUGGGUGGGGGUCAGGGGUAGAGGUAGGGGUAGGGGUCAGAUAGGGUUAAGGAAAGGUCUCGAUAGGGGUAAAGGUCAAGUAAGGUUAAGGGAAGGUCUCGGUAGGGGUGAGGGUAGAGGUCAAGGUAGGUAUGGGGUAAGGUAUGGGUUAAAGGGUAAGGGUGAGGACGAGGGUGAGGGUAAGGGUAGGGGUGGGGGUAGGUAUGGCUUGGGGGUCGAGGUGGGGGUAGGAGUAGGGGUAAGGGUAGGGGUAGGGUUGGAGGUAGGGGUUAGGGGUAUGGGUAAAAGAAGGGGUGGUGUAAGGGUAUGGGUAGGGAUAGGUAUGAGGGGUAGGGGUUAUGGUAGGGUUCAAGAUAGAUAUAUGAUAAGGUAUGGGUUCAGGGUAGGGGUAAGGGUAGGGGUAGGGGUUAGGGUAUGGGGUAGGGGUAGGGGUAGUUAUAGGUGCAAGGGUAGGGGAAGGGGUGGGGGUCGGUAUGAGGUUGGGGUAGAGUACUGUUUGGGUAUGGGUAAGGGUAGGGGUGGGAUGAGAGGUAGGUAUAGGGUAAGGGUAGGGGUAGUGGUAAGGAUAUGUGUAAGGGUGUGGGUAGGUGGGGGUAGGUGUACAGGAGUAGGGGUGAGGGUCAGUGUCGUGUUAGGGGUGAGGGUAGGAGCAGGGGUUGUGGUUGGGAGUGUAGGGGUAAAAGGGUGGGGUUUGGGUAGGGGUAGGGUCAAGGGUAGGAGUGGGGGUUCAUAUGGGGUAGGGUUAGGGCAGGGGAGUGGGAAUGGGGGUAGAAGUAGGUGUAAGGUUGGCGUAGGGGUAGGGUAUUGUAAAGGGGGUAAGGUAUGGGGUAGGGGUAGGGGCGAGCAAAGGCGUUGGGGUAGUGGUGGGGGUAGGUAUGGGAUAGGGGGUAGGGUUAGGGGUGAGGGUAGGGGUAGUGGUGGGGGUAGGUAUUGGGUAAGGUUGGGGUUAAGGGUAAGGCUAAGGGUAGGGGUAUGGGUUUGGGGUAGGGGUCAGGGUGAAGGUGAGGUAAGGGUGGGGUAUGGGGUAGGGGUUGGGGUAGAUAAGGGGUAUCGGUGGAGUAGGGCUAGGAGACUAUCUAUUUUGCUCAGUUCUUCAUGUAAAGAAUAG